GAGAGGGAGGACAGCUGCCCAAGACCCUGACUGAGAUGUACAUCCACUUCCUGGUGGUUCAGGCCAAAGUAAAGAAGGUCAAGUAUGAUGAAGGAGCUGAGACCGAUCCACACUGGAGUCCAGAGAGCAGGAAGAUGAUGGAGUCUCUGGGAAAACUGGCUUUUGACCAGCUGCAGAAAGGAAACCUGAUCUUCUACGAAUCAGACCUGACAGAGUGUGGCAUCGAUAUCAGAGCAGCCUCAGUGUACUCAGGAGUGUUCACACAGAUCUUUAAAGAGGAGAGAGGACUGUACCAGGACAAGGUGUUCUGCUUCAUCCAUCUGAGUGUUCAGGAGUUUCUGGCUGCUCUUCAUGUCCAUCGGACCUUCAUCAAUUCUGGACUCAAUCUGCUGGAAGAACAACAAACAACCUCUACAUGGUCUAAACUAUUUAACAAACUAAAACUUCAAUCUCUCCACCAGAGUGCUGUGAACAAGGCCCUACAGAGUCCAAAUGGACACCUGGACUUGUUCCUCCGCUUCCUCCUGGGUCUUUCACUGCAGACCAAUCAGACUCUCCUACGAGGUCUGGUGACACAGACAGGAAGUAGCUCACUGACCAAUCAGGAAACAGUCCAGUACAUCAAGGAGAAGCUCAGUGAGAAUCUGUCUGCAGAGAAAAGCAUCAAUCUGUUUCACUGUCUGAAUGAACUGAAUGAUCGUUCUCUAGUGGAGGAGAUCCAACAGUCCCUGAGAUCAGGAAGUCUCUCCACAGAUGAACUGUCUCCUUCUCAGUGGUCAGCUCUGGUCUUCAUCUUACUGUCAUCAGAAAAAGAUCUGGAUGUGUUUGACCUGAAGAAAUACUCUGCUUCAGAGGAGGCUCUUCUGAGGCUGCUGCCAGUUGUCAGAGCCUCCAACAAAGCUCUGUGA